GGACUGCAUAGUGGUGGGCGGGAAACACCAGGUGCGGCCACGCCACGCCCCGCACCCCGCCACACCCGCUCACCCUACUGGGCUCCACCCUACCUGGGGAUGGCCCUGCCUUGGUCAGCCCCGCCCUAGGAAGCUCCGCCCACCUCCGGAAAUUCUUGCUGAGCCGCUGCAAAGCCAGUCCCCGGGGACCCCUGCUGGCAAAGUCCACUGAUAGAACCAUGGCGACAACUCCCUCUGCUGCUUUUGAGGCUCUCAUGAAUGGAGUGACAAACUGGGACGUCCCCAAAGGCCCCAUCCCCAGUGAACUCCUUCUUAUUGGGAAGGCCUCCUUCCCAGUGAUGGUGAAUGACAAGGGCCAGGUGCUCAUUGCUGCCUCCUCCUAUGGCCAGGGCCGCCUGGUCGUCAUAGCCCACGAAGGCUACUUGUUGCAUGCUGGCUUGGCUCCAUUUCUUGUCAAUGCAGUGGGCUGGCUCCGUUCAUCCCCAGAGGCUCCUCUUGGGGUGCACCCAUCCUUGGAAUCCCUAGUGAAGAUCCUGAAGGAUGCUGGGGUGGAGGCGCAGACUGUGGCAGAACCUGGAGAGCCCCAGGGAGCUUACUGCAUCAGUGCCUACAAUGACACCUUGGCUGAGAAGCUCCUCCAGUUUGUGAAAAGUGGUGGGGGCUUGCUCAUCGGGGGCCAGGCCUGGCAUUGGGCCAUUCAGCAUGGCUGUGACAAGGUGCUGUCCAUGUUCCCUGGGAACCUGGUGACAAGCGUGGCUGGAGUAUAUUUCACUGAUGUCUGUGGAGACCAAAGCAGGUUCAAAGUCUCUAAGAAGGUGCCCAAGAUUCCACUUCAUAUCCGGUGUUGGGAGGAGUUUAGGCAGGACCAGCAGCAGCUCCUGGAAGGGAUCUCCGAGCUGGACAUCAAGACCGGGGGAGUCCCCUCACAGCUGCUGGUGCAUGGGGUGCUGGCUUUCCCUGUGGGCCUUGACGCCUCCCUCGCCUGCUUCUUGGCAGCUGCUCACUAUGGCCGUGGUCGAGUGGUCCUGGCUGCCCAUGAGGGAAUGCUUUGUGCUCCUAAGUUGGAGACCUUUUUGUUCAAUGCUAUCCACUGGCUAGCCAGAGGCCGGACAGGCAAAGUUGGGGUGAACACAAGUCUAAAAAAUCUGCAUCCCCUGCUGUUGAAGCGUGGCCUUGAAUGCAGCCUGGUGUCUCAUCUAACCAGUGACUUGAGUGUAUACUGCUGUGUAGCUUACAGUGACAAAGAGGCCAAAGAGCUACACGAGUUUGUGGCCGAGGGUGGAGGGUUGCUCAUCGGUGGUCAGGCCUGGUGGUGGGCUUCCCAGAACCCAGGCCGCUCUGCUUUGGCUGGUUUUCCUGGUAAUGUCAUCCUCAACUGCUUUGGCCUCAGCAUCCUGCCUCAGACCCUCAAACCAGGCUGUUUUCCUAUUCCUACUCCUGAGAGGAGGAACUAUCACUUCCGCAAGGCUCUGUCUGAAUUCCAGGCUGUGUUGAACUGUGGGGAUGGGAAUUUGGAAAAGAGCUGCCUUGCAAAGCUGGGAGUAGAUGGUGCAGCCUUUCUACAGAUUCCUGCAGAGGGAGUCCCCACUUAUACAUCCGUGCACCGGCUCCUCAGGAAGAUGCUACGACGAUCAGGCCUCCCAGCUGUGAGCCGGAAAAACCCAGUGGCCAGUGAUUCCUUUGAGGCCACGAUGCUCUGCCUAGCCACCGAGCUGGCACGUUCUGGAACUGACUGCUCCCAGCUGGGCCAGGGGCUUGGCACUGGGACCUGCUCUUCUGGGCUAUAUCCCUCUGAGGACCCUAUCACUGUGGAGAUUGAUGGGACAAACCCAGGCAAUGGUGAUUCCUGGGUAAGCACUGGGCUCUACCUCCCAGAAGGACAAAAUGUCGAAGUCUGCCUGUCAGCAGCCACUGCCUCUGCUGGCCUAAAGAUACAGAUUGGCUGCCACACCGAUGACCUGACCACAGCCACCAAGCUGUCUCGAGCUCCCAUGGUGACUCACCAGUGCUGUAUGGACAGGAUGCAACAGUCAGUCUCCUGCCUGUGGGGAGGCCUCCUCUACAUCAUCGUGCCCAAAGGCAGUCGACUGGGUCCUGUGCCCGUCACCAUCAGGAGGGCUGUGUCUGCCCCAUACUACAAGCUGGGGAAGACAUCCCGGGAGGAGUGGAGAAGCUGUGUCGAGGGGAACCCAGCCCCCUGGGGGGAGCUGGCCACAGACAGCAUCAUCCUGACUGUGCCAACUACAGACCUCAAGACCUUGAUGGAUCCUGCACUUUUGCUCCACCUUUGGGAUGAGAUGAUGCAGGCUAUAGCCAGGCUGGCAGCCCAGCCCUUCCCUUUCCACAGACCCGAGAGGAUUGUUGCUGAUGUGCAGAUCUCAGCUGGCUGGAUGCACGCAGGGUACCCCAUCAUGUGCCACCUUGAGUCUGCACAAGAGCUCAUCAGUGAGGCGGGCAUGAAAAGCAGAGGCCUGUGGGGACCCAUCCACGAGCUGGGCCACAACCAGCAGCGCCAUGGGUGGGAGUUCCCCCCACACACCACGGAGGCCACCUGCAACCUCUGGUCAGUCUACGUGCAUGAGACGGUCCUGGGUAUCCCCAGGGCAAAGGCCCACCCUGCCCUGAGCCCUCCAGAACGAGAAAAGAGGAUCACAGUACACCUGCAAAAGGGAGCGCCUCUGUGUGACUGGAAUGUAUGGACAGCUCUGGAAACAUACCUGCAGCUCCAGGAGACUUUUGGGUGGGAGCCAUUCACCCAGCUCUUCUCUGAUUACCAGACCCUCUCUGACCUCCCCAAAGACAAUGCUGGCAAGAUGAAUCUAUGGGUGAAGAAGUUCUCUGAAACAGUACAGAAGAAUCUGGUGCCUUUCUUUCAGGCCUGGGGCUGGCCUGUCCAGAAGGAAGUGGCUGAUAGCCUGUCCUGCCUUCCCUUUUGGCAUGAUCACCCCAUGAGAGUGUACAUGGAUUCCAAGGAAUAAAGGACAGCAGUGGGCAUGGAGGGAGAAGAGGGACCCAAUCCCAUUGCUAUUCUGCCACCGUGACCUUACUUGAAAUGCUCUGUGCCUUGAACUGGCCUCCUGUUAUUACUAGAUUCUGAGGUUCUAUGGCUUUUUCUAGGUUCUUCUUGUCAUGGGCAAAGAAUUGGACAAAAUAAGUAUGAAAUGUAGCAAGGUUUCAUGUAUAUUAAAAGUAGGAAAAGAAAUAUAGUCUGCAGAGCAAGUACGAGCCAAUUAAAGGUAGAAGAAGUACACUGUACAAGGUGAGAGCACAUCACCCUGCAAGAGAGAGCCCAAUGAUGACAAGGUUGAUGCCAGCCAUGUUCCAUAUCUCCUACUCCUCAGGCUGACCUUACCAGUGGUGGUGAAGCUGUGGCACACAUGCAGCAGUGGGCUGUUUCUAUCAGUGAAUGUCUAAAAGGUUUGCUGUCACUGAUUCUAGGUCAUCCUAUCAGAAACCUGUUUGAAUUCUCAUGAGAAGCAUUCGAGAUAGCAUUUUCUGGUUGGCCCCAGUUGCAGAGCUUUGAGAAUUAUUUUUCUGCAUAUUUCCUGGUCCUCUGUCAUUGACAGGUCACGCCCAUUUGCUCAGCCAGUUUGCUAUGCCCUAAUCUCCUGCCUCACUUCUUCGCAGACUGCCUUCAGGAUGAUGGUCAAAGUCAUAAAGACAAAAAUGGAACCAAGCUUCUCAGGAAUGUACCUUUAUGCCUUCUUUGUAAUGCUGUUGUACCUAGAUAGAAACUUGCUAUGUCAUCCAGCAGAGUGCUUUCAUCCUGCCUUCCUGAAACUUCUGUUUUUCAUCAGUAUUUCUAAAGGUCCUGAAUUGCCAUACUUUUUCACUUCCCCUCCUCUGCUAUCCCAGAGCAAGUCUUCUAAUUUCUUAUGUUUUGAAAAAAUUUUAAUAGCAAAAGAGACAGGCUGAUGUACUGGACAGAGCCAUGGGCUAAGCUUGGUUCUGUGAACCAUCAACAUCCUUGUGUUUCCAUGUUUUUAUCCAUGAUAUGCGUAAAGUACCUUUCUCUCAGGGAUAUUGUUUGAUGCAUCACGUGCUCCUCAUGGAAAUUUAACUAUUAGCUUUCUCUAGCCCCACAGUAGCUUUCAGUGUCCAUUUUAGUGCGGACAUCCUGGACACUGAAACUCACUGCUAUGUUGUCCCCCAGAGAUUAGCAUUCAGUCCUAUAAAGGUGUUUAUAGAAUAUUAAUGUGGAUCCCUGGUGUGGUAUCAAUAAGAAUACAGUAACAGCUUGGUUCACGAAUGCGUCUCUUUGCAAAUAGUUUGGUUCAUGUACACAAGUGUUCAGAAGAAUUUUCCUUCCACUUGUCAACUCAGCUUCAGGUGGCAAACAUGACCAUGGCCAAUUUUCCCACACAAACAUGAGUGUGGCCAUCUUCCCUACAAUCACGAAAUAAAUUAAGUUCAUGAACCAAGGUACCACUGUACUUGCUAGUGUACUAGC